GCCCCGAUUUCAUAGCUAGGUGGAGGACCAAUCUAGCUGACGCGACGAUGAUGCGAACAGCGCCAAACAUUCAAUUACCAUUCCAUCAACAUUCGCAGCGCAACUAAAAUAUCCAUCAUCGCGCAACAAUCGUCAUCGUCGCUACGGAGCCGGCUCGCUUACCCAGGCAUUCCCGUGCUCUAUAAGACGCUGGUGUGUCGAGGCCGCUGCACCGAACAACGCAGGGGACCCCCACUCAAACCUGACUACCUGCGGUUGCGCAACGUCCAGCUCGAACCUGCCCAGCACCCAGCGCGCCGCACACGAUGGGUGUGAUUAGGAAGAAGACGGCUGCCAGGGGAGCCGAGGGUGGUGUCAAAUACCACUGCGACAAGUGCUCGGUCGACAUAACCUCUACCGUUCGGAUACGAUGUGCGCAUAGUGCCUGCAACGACUACGACCUAUGCGUCAAGUGUUUUGCCGACGGAGAAUCGAGCGGGAGCCAUCAGCCAGCCACACAUCCCUACCGAGUAAUAGAACAAAAUUCGUUCCCUAUCUUCGAUCCAGAAUGGGGUGCCGACGAGGAGCUGCUGCUGCUGGAGGGCGCAGAGACAUACGGUCUGGGCUCCUGGGCCGACAUUGCGGACCACAUUGGCGGAUACAGGUACAAAGAUGAGGUGCGAGACCACUACAUCGAUGCCUACGUCAACUCGCCAUGUUUCCCGCUGCCCAAGCGAUGCAGCCCCCACGACAACGAACUGGCCAACGAGGUCACCCGCGAGGAGUUCCAGGCCCGCAAGAAGCAGAGGAUAGAGGACAGGCGCGAUGCCGCUAAGAACGCACCGGCAUUGCAACCUAAGACCAAGCCGACGGCCUCGGUCCCCUCGUGCCAUGAGAUCCAAGGGUACAUGCCUGGCCGACUCGAGUUUGAGACGGAGCACGCAAACGAGGCUGAGGAAGCCGUGCAGCUGAUGCAGUUUGAGCCUGGUGAUGGCAUCAACCCCCGCACUGGCGAGCUGGAACCCGAAAUGGAACUCAAGCUUACCGUGAUGGAGGUUUACAACUGCCGACUGACCCAGCGCGUCGAGCGCAAGAAAGUCAUAUUCGAGCACAACCUCCUGGAUUACAGGGAGAACAGCAAGUUGGAGAAGAAGCGGUCCAAGGAGGAGCGCGACCUGCUGAACCGCGCCAAGCCGUUCGCCCGCAUGAUGAACCACGACGACUUCGAAGCUUUCUCGCAGGGACUUGUGGAUGAGCUGAACCUGCGCCAGGCCAUCGUGCAGCUGCAAGAGUGGCGGCACCUUGGUAUCGGGGAUCUACGAAGCGGUGAAAAGUAUGAGCAAGACAAGGCACAGCGCAUCCAGAAGUCCAUCCCGCUCGGGUCUAUGGACCGCGAGCGUCUGGCGAGCAACCAGCGGAACAAGCAGCAGCAAGCGCCGGACCCGCCAAGCGGGGCCGCGGUUCUCAUAACUCCCGAACUUCCCUUUAGGCUUGCAGGCCCGAGCGGCAAGAGCCACGGAAACGCGUUGGCAAGCGAGGCAGCGGCAGCUGCAGCGACGGCAGACAGCGCGGCCGGAAACGACGACAUCGUAAUUAAGAAUGAGGGACUGAACGGGUUCCUCGACGGCGACAAUAACAGCGUCAUCGUUGCUAACGGCGCUGGAGGUAUUAAGAAGGAGCCGUUUGUGCCACAGCCCCUUGUUGGCGUGACGCCGCUCCAGUUCACACUGGACGCGACACCAGAUUUGCAGCUCCUGACCCCUGAUGAGGUCAAGCUGUGUGAGGUGGUGCGAAUCCAGCCGAAGCCAUAUCUGAUGAUCAAGGAGCAGCUGCUCAAGGAAGCGCUCAAGGGCAACGGCACGCUUAAGAAGAAGCAGGCGCGCGAGAUAUGCCGUCUCGACAACCAAAAAGGCGGCCGCAUUUUCGAGUUUUUUGUUAAUUCCGGAUGGAUCGGAAAGGCCUAAUGUGGGCGUCUUGGGUUUUCUCAAUUUCGUUAAAUCGGUUUAGCGCUGUCAUCAGGUACCCCCAAACUUCCGAACGGACCAGAAUUAUGUUUUCUCUUGCAAAAUAGGUACCUGUAGUCAUGGUAUAUAAAGCAGCAGCAAUGCCACGACGGGCAAACCUGUAACUACCUGAUUAUCUUCAUGAGCGCCGUCGCUCAUGAGGUUCCUAGCCCCAUGAAAGUUGUCCAGGCCAUGACACUCAACUCCAAGAUCCAAAACCUAGGCCUGAGCAGUUUA